AUGUUCUCGCUCAAAUAUCUUGUGUUCCCAACCUUGAAUUUUGAAAAGCAUAUAUCUCGUCGAUUUUUGUUUAUCAAGCGCUCACCGAAGAAGAAGACAACUAGGACAUCUGUGGCCACUUCGUAUUUGAUGUGCACUCAAGACAAUGGACUUUAUUAUGCGACGUUUGCACUUAUAGUUGGUGUGUCUUUAUUUUAUUGCAGAAAGUACAUCAGAGGACAGCGUUUUGUGGAGAAUAUACGAGCGGAUGGAAAGAUUAUUGCGAUUACGGGUGCAAACUCAGGCAUCGGGCAGGCAGUAACAGCAGAACUAAAUCGAAGAGGAGGAACGGUCUAUAUGUUAGUACGAGACUUGCAACGGGGCAGAGAUUCGAUCGAACGGCUCAAAAAGGCAAACUGUGAUCCAGACCGCCUAAUCUUACGAUACGUGGAUUUGACGAAAUUGGACUCCGUAAGGAACUUUGCAAAAACUUUUAGCGAAGAGGUACCACGGCUGGACGUUCUUAUCUGCAAUGCGGGUGUCCUUUGUGUGCCGACUUUUACAAAGACUGGCGAUGGAUAUGAGAAAACGUGGCAGAGUAACUAUUUAGGACACUUUCUCCUUUCCGAGCUACUCUUGCCAUUGAUAUCUAGGUCAUCAGAUGGACGGAUUGUCAAUGUGUCCUCGAUAAUGUAUGAAUAUGGUGACAGCGUUAGCUUGAACAUCGUUAACGAUCCGUCUAAAUAUGGAGGUAUGAUGGCUUACAGUAGGAGCAAAAUGGCUCAGGUAAUGUAUACAAGACACUUGGCUAAAAUUAUCCGGGAUAAGAAACUUCCCGUUAUCGUGACUGCCUGUCAUCCAGGAGGAGUCGAUUCCAAUAUACUCAGGGAGUCUGGCUAUCAGUGGGUUAGGGUAGUAUUCAGGCCUCUCAUGUGGUUCGUGCUUAAAACUGUCGAAGAUGGGGCUCAACUGCCGAUCUUUCUCGCACUCAGCGAAAAAGCACAUAAAGGCAAUGGAGAGUACUUCAAAGAUUUCGCAAUUAGUGUCGUGCCGGAGAAAUGCAGUAAUAGUGCGGCUUGUGAAAGGUUAUACGAAGAAUCAAGGAAGGCCAUUUGGUAUGUGCUGUGCGAUACUACUCUGCAUACUGGCGGUAUUCUGUCCGCCGCUAGCUGUGCUUCUGGAUGCAGGUUGCACGAAUCAAUUCUGGAUCAAUGUGUUACUCACGAUCCUUUUGUGGAUUCCCGGAGUGAUUCAUGCCUUUUAUGUGAUCUUGUGCAGACCCGGCGAGCGCCACCACCAUCACCAUCAUCACCACCAUGA